CUCUCAUUCUCUCAUUUUCUUUUCCUCAUUACCUUUACACAUCACACUUUUUCAUUCCUUCAUAGGCACACUCUUCUCUUCUCUUAUCUCAUCUUUUCUCUUUCUACCUUAAUUACAUCGCCUUACUGCACUGCUUCGCCUCACUUCGCCUCGCCAACACUGUCACAGAGCAUAAAAUCUCCCAAUGUCCAAUCAAACUGGUAUCAAAGUUUCUCAGAAGCUCGCUGAUGCUUGGAAACAAGCUACAGUUGGUAGCACAGUUCGUGCUCUCAAGAUCUCGAUUAUCAAUGAGGCUUUGGAAGACGAUGGCAUUUUCGAUAUCAGAGGAACCUUUGAUCAAGACUUCAGUAUUGUGUGUGACAAUUUGGAAGAGAAGCAACCUGCAUAUUUCGUGGUUCGAUUGGAUGGCGCCAAGGCUUCAGAGUGGAUCUUUUUAUGCUAUGUUCCAGAUGUGGCCCCUAUCCGCCAAAAGAUGAUCUAUGCUGCUACAAGAGCCACUUUGACAAAGGAUCUUGGUGAUUCUCACUUUACAGAUUCGAUUUAUGGAACGAACAAGAGUGACUUCACAUUGGACGGUUACAAGAAGCACAGAGCCAGUUUGAAUGCUCCUAAGCCUUUGACAGAACGUGAACGUCAGCUAGCAGAAAUCAAGGAGAAUGAGAAGAUUAUGGUUGAGAGUAUGAAAGGAGGCGCUUAUAGAAAGUCGCAUGCUCCAGGAAUGAGUUUCCCAUUGACAGAGAAGGCAAUUGCUGCGCUUAAAAAGCUUGCACCUGUUACUCCAGCUGCCAAACCUUCUGCUACUGUAGCAGCCACAAGAAAGGUUACCAGUCCUGCAUCAACGCCUUUACCAGAAUCGCCAGUGAUUACCCGGGAAAACACAAGCUCAAGUACUACAGAAGUCAAAAAGGCUUCAGAGACAGCAGAGGUGGCUGAUGAUGAAUGGGAAGAAGAUAAAUGGGAUGAGGAAAAGACCAGGGAAGUAAAGAGGAGAGGAGAGGUAGAAGACUAUGACACCACCACCACAACAACAACAAAAGUAAAGACUGAGGAGCCUAAACCUACUCUGGAAGAAACCAAGACUACAGCGGAGGAGCCUAAGACUGCUGCUACAACUGUUUCGGCGGCAGCAGAAGCAGAGCCAACACAAGAAGAGAAGGUGUCGGAGACUAAGGAGGAAGAAGCACCAGCAGCUCCUGUCAAGGCGGAACGCACUAUCAACUUUGUUACAUUGGCAAUUGAUGCAGAGAAUGAGCGUAUUGAUCUUGCUGGUGAGGCCAAGAUUGGCGCCAACGAAUUGGUCAGAAACAUCCAUGAGGAAUCACCUCGUUUCACCUUCUUUGCCUAUGAGCAUAAACACAAUGGAGUAGCUCAUGAUUCUCUUGUGUUUAUGUACACGUGCCCAACCAAAUCUAAGAUUCGCGAGCGCAUGUUGUAUUCAUCUUGCAGAGCAGGAGUAUUGCAGGCAGCCAAGGAUGACGCGGACUUGAAUGUAGACAAGAAGCUGGAGACGACUGAUGUUUCUGACUUGACAGAGACCUUUGUGUUGGAGGAAUUGCACCCCAGGACAUCAUCCCCAGCAUUUGGCGGCAACAAUGCAGGGGUAGGGGCAAGGGCAGGAACAGGAGCAGUAAACCUUGGUUUGGGUAGUGGAGGCGCACGGGGAUUCAGCAAACCUGCUCGUCCUGGAGCUCGUAAGGUUAUGUAAAAGUAAAAAGU